AUGCCCUGUACACGCGCGCAUGCAGCAUCGCGGAGCCUGUCGUGCAGCGCCGGCGCCGGGAGCGGGCCGAGUGCGAGUCCAAGGGGCUUGGAGCCGCCCGUGUACAACGACGUCAUCGAACGGGUCGAGACCGAGGCUGCUACGUGUUGCGCAAGAGCGAGAUCGCCAGUGCCGACGCCAGCAGGCGGUGAAAGCAUCUCGCAGCUCGUGUCGGCCACGGCCGACCACCUGCCCUUUGGCUACGGCGAAUACGCCUGCCCAGGCCGCUUUUUCGUCGCCCACGAGGUCAAGCCAGUUGCGCUUUGCUACCUGCUUCUCAAACACGACUGGAAAACAUCUGAAAACGCAACUGUUCCCUUCACCAUUGAUGCGGGCCUCGAUGCUUUGGUCAAUCCAGAGGUCAAGGUUAAGUACCGACGGCGCAAGGAGGAGAUCGGUCUGGAUUUGCCGGUGUUUGGAGCUGCGGAAUGGAUAGAAGAGCGAUGCUCGCAACUUGGAGAGAAAUGGAAGUCUCCACUUCAACGGUGGCUUGUCCAUCCUGAGUAA